AUGAAGCACGGCCGACACUUCCGCAAGCUCGGCAAGGAUGCCAGCCACAGGUGGGCCAUGAUGCGCACCAUGGUCACGCAGCUCAUCGAGCACGAGCGCAUCCAGACCACCGUCGCGAAGGCGAAGGAGCUCCGCCGCGUCGCCGAUCGAGUCGUCACCUUCGCCAAGGAGGGCAGCCUGCGCGCGCGUCGCAAGGCCGCGGCGGUGGUGCGCACCGACGCGAUGGUCAACAAGCUCUUCACCGAGCUCGCGGAGAGGUACAAAGAGCGCCCCGGGGGGUUCACGCGCGUGUUGCAGAUCGGCCAGCGCAAGAGCGAUUCAGCGGCCAUGGCGUACAUCGAGUACGUCGAUCGCGACGGGGAGCUGAGGCCCGCGAGGCCGGCGACGGGGUUCGGCCUGUCUUGGGCGGCGAAGGAGUACGUCAACUCGCAGUUGGCGUCGAAGAAACGGCACGGCGACGUGCGGGCGGUGCUGAGCCCGGCCGCGGACGCGGCGGCGAAGGCUGCGGCGGAGCCGCCCAAGGAGGAGAAGUGAUGA